CUGAGUUUCUUAUAGUUUGAUUUCUGUUUGUUAUAUGGGCUUAUCUAGUCACUUCAGUAACAUCACACUGAAAAAUUAAUUAAACAUGUUUUUAUUGUCAUUUGUAAUGUGCUAUGCCUAUAACUGUUAUGAAGACUAACUCUUUUUUUAUUGUUGUUUUUUGGGGUUUUAGUGCAUUUUUGAGGCCCAAACUGGGAAAACAGUAUGAAGCUUCCUGUGUGUCUUUUGAAAGAGUUUUAGUAGAGAACAAGCUACAUGGUCUUUCUCCAGCCCUCUCUGAAGCCAUCCAGAGCAUUUCUCGUUGGGAACUUGUUCAAGCUGCACUACCACAUGUACUUCAUUGCACAGCGACUUUGCUUUCCAAUCGAAAUAAGCUAGGGCAUCAGGACAAGCUUGGAGUAGCAGAAACUAAACUUCUUCACACCCUCCACUGGAUGCUACUGGAAGCUCCUCAAGACUGCAGCAAUGACCGGAUUGGAGGCGAGAGAGGCUCCAGCUGGGGAGGGAGCAGUAGUGCUUUUAUUCAUCAAAUUGAAAACCCAGGGUCUCCAGGACACCCUCGGCGUGGCAGCACUAAUGAAGAUGAAGAGACUAACCGAAGGAAGUUCUUUCAAAAUUCCAUGGCAACAGUGGAGCUCUUUGUGUUCCUGUUUGCUCCUCUGGUCCACAGGAUUAAAGAGUCUGACCUGACUUUUCGGCUGGCCAGUGGCCUUGUUAUUUGGCAGCCCAUGUGGGAGCACAGACAGCCUGAGGUUUCUGCCUUCACUGCUUUGGUUAAGCCAAUCAGGAACAUUAUUACAGCCAAGAGAAGUUCUCCAACCAGCAACCAGAGCCUGGCUUGUGAAUCUCCUAAUCUGGACACUGGACACACAGAGGGACUUCAGGUGGUGUGUGAAACUACCCAGCCAGACGCUGUGCCGCCCCGGGCCACUGUUUCAGGAUGUCAUCGGGGAAACUCCUUUGAUGGAAGUGUUUCAUCCCAAACAUCCCAAGACAGAGGAGCCCCGCUUUCCAGGGUCUCAUUGGUAAUCCCGCCUUGCCAAAAGUCUCGCUAUGCCACCUAUUUUGAUGUGGCAGUACUACGCUGCCUGCUGCAGCCACACUGGUCUGAGGAAGGCACACAGUGGUCUCUGAUGUAUUAUCUGCAAAGGCUGAGGCAUAUGCUGGAGGAGAAGCCAGAGAAGCCACCUGAGCCGGAAACCAUGCACCUGCCAAGGCCCCGCAGCAGUUCCAUGGUCGCUGCGGCACCCUCUCUGGUGAACACCCACAAAACUCAGGAUCUCACAGUGAAGUGCAAUGAGGAGGAAAAAUCACUAAGCACUGAGGCCUUUUCUAAGGUGUCACUGACCAACCUGCGCAGGUUAGCCGUGCCUGAUCUCUCCACAGACCUGGGAAUGAACAUUUUUAAAAAGUUUAAGACUCGCAAAGAGGAUCGCGAGCGUGAGCGCAAGGGCUCUAUCCCCUUUCACCACACAGGGAAGAAACGGCAGCGAAGGAUGGGGGUGCCCUUCCUGCUCCAUGAGGAUCAUUUGGAUGUGUCGCCCACUCGCAGCACGUUCUCCUUUGGCAGCUUCUCCGGGAUUGGAGAGGACCGGCGUGGGCUUGAGAGAGGAGGCUGGCAAACUGCUAUAUUAGGGAAGUUCACCAGACGGGGGAGCUCUGACACAGCUACAGAGAUGGAGAGCCUGAGUGCUAGACAUUCCCACUCUCAUCACACCCUGGUUACGGACCUGCCUGACCACUCAAACAGCCAUGGAGAAAAUACAGUCAAAGAAGUGCGAUCCCAGAUUUCUACCAUCACCGUGGCCACCUUCAACACCACUCUGGCCUCGUUCAACGUGGGCUACGCAGAUUUCUUCAGCGAGCAUAUGCGGAAGCUCUGUAACCAGGUGCCCAUUCCAGAAAUGCCUCAUGAGCCGCUGGCCUGUGCCAAUCUCCCACGGAGUUUGACUGACUCCUGCAUCAAUUACAGCUGCCUGGAGGACACGGAUCACAUUGAUGGAACCAACAACUUUGUUCACAAGAACGGCAUGCUGGAUCUUUCGGUGGUCUUGAAGGCUGUUUACUUGGUUUUAAACCAUGACAUCAGCUCCCGUAUCUGCGAUGUGGCGCUGAACAUCGUUGAGUGCCUGCUGCAGCUUGGUGUGGUGCCCUGUGUGGAGAAAGUCAGAAGGAAGAGUGAGAACAAGGAAAAUGAGGCUGUGGAAAAGAGACCGAGUGAGGGAUCCUUCCAGCUCAAGGGGGCUGCUUCAGGUGGCUCAGCCUGUGGAUUCGGGGGCCCCCCAGUCAGUGGAGCUGGAGAUGGGGGAGGAGAAGAAGGUGGAGGUGGAGGAGGUGGUGGAGGAGGAGGUGGCGGAGCCGAUGGAGGUGGCGGAGGAGGAGGUGGAGGUCCUUAUGAAAAGAAUGAUAAAAAUCAAGAAAAGGAUGAAAGCACUCCCAUAAGCACUCACAGACUGGCACUGACAAUGCUGAUCAAAAUAGUGAAAUCCCUGGGCUGUGCUUAUGGCUGUGGAGAAGGACACCGAGGGCUCUCUGGAGAUCGUCUGAGACACCAGGCUCAGAAUUGCCUCACAAAGCUGUACAAGUUGGAUAAAAUUCAGUUCCGGCAGACCAUGAGGGACUAUGUGAACAGAGAUUCCCUCAAUAAUGUGGUAGAUUUCCUUCAUGCUUUGCUAGGAUUCUGCAUGGAGCCAGUCACUGACAAUAAGGCUGGAUUUGGAAAUAACUUCACCACAAUGGACAACAAGUCUACAGCCCAAAGUGUGGAAGGUAUCAUUGUCAGUGCAAUGUUCAAGUCACUGAUCACUCGCUGUGCUUCCACUACACAUGAACUGCAUAGCCCUGAAAACCUGGGAUUGUACUGUGACAUCCGACAAUUGGUCCAAUUUAUCAAAGAGGCUCAUGGGAAUGUUUUUAGAAGGGUGGCACUCAGCGCCCUUUUGGACAGUGCUGAAAAGUUAAUUCCAGGGAAGAAAACAGAUGAAACAACUGAGCAGGAGCCGAAACCUCUGGGGAGCAAAAAAUCUGAGGUGGGAAGUGUUGUUAUUGACAAAGGCCAAGCAUCAUCGGCUCCUGAUGAAUGUCGUAGUUACAUCUCCAGCCGUCCUCAGCAGACACCAGAGCACGAUGAACAGAUGCAAGGGGCAGUUCUGGGACGCAAAGACUUCUGGCGGAAGAUGUUCAAGUCACAGAGUGCAGCAAGUGAUACCAGCAGCCAGUCAGAGCAGGACACAUCUGAGUGCACCACUGCUCACUCUGGAACAACCACCGACAGGCGCUCCCGCUCCCGUUCUCGACGGAUCUCGCUCCGAAAGAAACUCAAACUCCCCAUAGGUAAAUGGAACUGGCUGAAACGUUCUUCCCUGUCUGGGCUGGCCGACGGGGUGGAAGACCUCCUGGAUAUCAGCUCUGUAGAUCGUCUGUCUUUCAUCAGGCAGAGUUCCAAGGUGAAAUUCACUAGUGCAGUGAAGCUGUCAGAAGGUGGACCAGGAGCUGGCCUGGAGAAUGGGCGAGAUGAAGAGGAGAAUUUCUUCAAGCGUCUUGGUUGCCACAGUUUUGAUGAUCACUUGGCCUCCAGCCAGGAAGGUGGGAAAUCCAAGAAUGUAGUGAACCUGGGAGCAAUCCGACAAGGCAUGAAACGCUUUCAGUUUCUCUUAAACUGCUGCGAGCCAGGCACUAUUCCUGAUGCCUCCAUCCUGGCAGCUGCCCUCGAUCUUGAAGCACCUGUGGUGGCAAGAGCAGCCCUGUUCCUUGAAUGUGCUCGCUUCGUUCACCGCUGCAAUCGUGGCAACUGGCCGGAGUGGAUGAAGGGGCACCAUGUGAAUAUCACUAAGAAAGGCCUGUCCCGGGGACGAUCCCCGAUAGUGGGGAACAAACGGAACCAGAAGCUGCAGUGGAAUGCAGCCAAACUCUUCUACCAGUGGGGAGAUGCAAUUGGCAUCCGACUCAACGAGCUGUGCCACAGUGAAAGUGAGAGCCCGGCCAACCUGCUGGGCCUCAUUUAUGAUGACGAGACCAAGCGGAGACUGAGAAAGGAGGAUGAGGAGGAAGACUUUUUAGAUGAUAGUACUGUAAACCCUACCAAAUGUUGUUGCCCCUUUGCCCUGAAGAUGGCAGCAUGCCAACUUCUCUUGGAGAUUACCACCUUCCUUCGAGAGACGUUCCCCUACAUGCCCAGGCCACGUACUGAGCCUCUCGUGGACCUGGAGAGCUGCAGGUUGCGUCUGGACCCUGAGCUGGACAGGCACAGGUAUGAGAGGAAGAUCAGCUUUGCUGGGAUUCUGGAUGAAAACGAAGAUUCAAAAGACUCACUGCACAGCAGCAGCCACACCCUCAAAUCUGACACCGGCUGUGAAGAGAAGAAAGAAGGGAGCCCUUGGAGUGCAAGUGAGCCCAGCAUUGAGCCUGAAGUGCUGAGUAGCACAGGCACGGAGGAGAAUUACCAUCGAAACAUGUCGUGGCUGCAUGUCAUGAUCCUGCUGUGCAACCAGCAGAGUUUCAUAUGCACCCAUGUUGAUUACUGCCACCCGCACUGCUACCUCCACCACAGCCGCUCCUGCGCUCGCCUGGUCCGAGCCAUCAAACUGCUGUAUGGUGACACCGUGGAUUCACUCCGAGAAAACAAUGCACUGAACAACGUGGCAAGAGGCAAAAAGCAGAAGGAGUGCUUGGACAAGUCGUGCCUGAGAACGCCCUCUCUGAAGAAGAGGGUGAUGGAUAUCAACUUGGAAGGAAAGAAGGACUCUGGAAUGUUGAAAUACAUCAGGCACCAGGUAAUGAGUCUGUCUCCAGCGCCUUUGUCACUGUUAAUCAAGGCAGCUCCGAUCCUCACAGAGGAGAUGUACGGGGACAUCCAGCCUGCAGUGUGGGAGCUACUGCUCAGUGUGGAUGAGCACAUGGCUGGAGCAGCAGCUGCCAUGUUCCUGCUGUGUGCUGUGAAAGUGCCGGAGGCUGUUUCUGAUAUGCUGAUGUCCGAAUUUCGUCACCCUGAGACCGUGCAACGAUUGAAUGCUGUUCUCAAAUUCCAUACUCUCUGGAGAUUUCGCUAUCAAGUCUGGCCUCGGAUGGAGGAGGGAGCACAACAGAUCUUUAAGAUUCCUCCUCCAAGUAUCAACUUCACCUUGCCCUCUCCAGUACUGGGCAUGCCCUCUGUGCCCAUGUUUGAUCCCCCAUGGGUUCCACAGUGCAGUGGGAGUGUGCAGGACCCAAUUAAUGAGGACCAAUCUAAGUCAUUUUCAGCCCGGGCGGUCUCUCGUUCCCACCAGCGAGCUGAGCACAUCCUGAAGAACCUGCAGCAGGAAGAGGAAAAGAAGCGCUUAGGCCGGGAAGCCAGUCUGAUCACGGCUAUUCCCAUUACGCAGGAGGCCUGCUACGAGCCCACCUGUACCCCAAACUCAGAGCAAGAAGAGGAAGUAGAAGAAGUCACCAACUUGGCAUCGCGCCGUCUUUCUGUGAGUCCCUCCUGCACCUCCAGUACUUCUCACAGGAACUAUUCCUUCCGUCGUGGUUCUGUCUGGUCAGUGCGUUCAGCGGUCAGUGCAGAAGAUGAGGAACACACUACAGAGCACACUCCAAACCAUCAUGUGCCACAGCCCCCCCAGGCAGUGUUCCCAGCAUGCAUCUGUGCGGCUGUGCUCCCCAUUGUUCACUUGAUGGAAGAUGGAGAAGUCCGGGAGGAUGGAGUAGCAGUGAGUGCUGUAGCCCAGCAGGUCUUAUGGAACUGCUUGAUUGAAGAUCCCUCUACGGUUCUACGACAUUUCCUGGAGAAACUCACAAUAAGCAAUCGACAGGAUGAGUUGAUGUACAUGCUGAGGAAGCUCCUACUGAACAUCGGAGACUUUCCUGCCCAGACAUCUCACAUCCUGUUUAACUACUUGGUGGGAUUGAUCAUGUAUUUUGUGCGUACUCCAUGUGAAUGGGGCAUGGAUGCUAUUUCAGCCACACUAACCUUCCUGUGGGAAGUGGUGGGUUAUGUAGAGGGCCUGUUCUUCAAGGAUCUCAAACAGACUAUGAAGAAGGAGCAGUGUGAAGUAAAACUGUUGGUGACUGCCUCAAUGCCAGGCACCAAGACUCUGGUAGUGCAUGGACAGAACGAGUGUGACAUCCCCACCCAGUUACCAGUGCAUGAGGACACACAAUUUGAAGCUCUUCUGAAGGAGUGCUUGGAGUUUUUUAACAUACCUGAAACCCAGUCUGCUCAUUAUUUUUUAAUGGAUAAACGAUGGAAUCUUAUUCAUUACAAUAAGACCUAUGUUCGGGAUAUUUAUCCUUUCCGGAGGUCAGUGUCUCCGCAGCUCAAUCUGGUACACAUGCAUCCAGAAAAGGGGCAAGAGCUCAUUCAGAAACAGGUGUUCACCCGCAAGCUGGAGGAGGUAGGACGGGUUUUGUUCCUCAUAUCGCUGACCCAGAAAAUUCCUGUCGCCCACAAACAAUCGCACGUGUCUAUGCUCCAAGAAGACCUUCUCCGCCUGCCUUCCUUCCCUCGGAGUGCCAUUGAUGCAGAAUUCUCCCUCUUCAGUGAUCCACAAGCUGGGAAGGAACUCUUUGGCCUUGAUACUCUUCAGAAAAGCCUAUGGAUUAAGCUCCUGGAGGAGAUGUUUUUGGGCAUGCCCAGUGAAUUUCCUUGGGGAGACGAGAUCAUGCUGUUCCUAAACGUCUUCAAUGGAGCGCUGAUCCUACACCCAGAGGACAGUGCCUUGCUGAGGCAGUACGCCGCCACUGUCAUCAACACUGCUGUGCACUUCAACCACCUCUUCUCUCUCAGUGGCUACCAGUGGAUCCUCCCCACCAUGCUGCAGGUGUAUGCAGACUACGAAAGCAACCCACAGUUACGCCAAGCAAUUGAGUUUGCCUGUCGCCAGUUCUACAUUCUGCAUCGCAAGCCCUUCGUUCUGCAACUGUUUGCCAGUGUGGCUCCUCUCCUCGAGUUCCCUGAUGCUACAAAUAGUGGACCCAGCAAAGGAGUGUCUGCUCAGUGCCUGUUUGACCUGUUGCAGUCCCUAGAGGGAGAUACACCGGACAUUUUGGACAUUUUAGAGCUGGUGAAAGCAGAAAAGCCUCUUAAAUCAUUAGAUUUCUGCUAUGGGAAUGAGGAUCUGACCUUUUCUAUCAGUGAAGCCAUCAAGCUGUGUGUAACUGUGGUGGCCUAUGCUCCUGAAUCAUUUAGAAGCCUUCAGAUGCUGAUGGUCCUGGAAGCACUGGUUCCCUGUUACCUGCAGAAACUGAAGAAGCAGACUUCACAAGUGGAGACGGUGCCAGCUGCCCGCGAGGAGAUUGCUGCUACUGCUGCUCUUGCCACGUCCCUGCAGGCCCUCUUGUACAGCGUGGAAGUUCUCACCAGGCCCAUGACUGCCCCUCAGAUGAGCAGGUCCGACCAAGGCCAUAAAGGAGCCACGGCAGCCAACCAUACCAUGUCAGCUGGGGUGAAUACGAGGUACCCGGAUCAAGGAGUCAAACUGCACUUUAUCAGGGAAAACCUUCAUUUGCUGGAGGAAGGCCAGGGUCUCCCCCGGGAAGAGCUGGAUGAGCGAAUUGCUAGGGAGGAGUUCAGGAGGCCCAGAGAGUCCCUACUGAAUAUCUGCACUGAGUUCUAUAAGCACUGUGGCCCUAGGCUGAAGAUAUUGCAGAACCUGGCUGGAGAGCCCAGGGUGACUUCCCUGGAGCUGCUGGAUGUUAAGUCUCACAUGAGGUUGGCAGAAAUUGCACAUUCCCUUCUGAAGCUGGCACCUUAUGAUACCCAGACGAUGGAAAGCCGCGGGCUCCGGCGCUACAUCAUGGAGAUGCUGCCCAUCACCGACUGGACAGCCGAGGCCGUGAGACCUGCCCUUAUCCUCAUCUUAAAGCGAUUGGAUCGUAUGUUCAAUAAAAUUCACAAGAUGCCUACUUUGAGGCGACAGGUUGAGUGGGAGCCUGCCAGCAAUUUGAUUGAAGGGGUUUGUUUGACACUUCAGAGGCAGCCAAUCAUAUCCUUCCUGCCUCACCUUAGGUCACUGAUCAAUGUCUGUGUCAAUCUGGUGAUGGGAGUAGUAGGACCUUCCAGUGUUGCUGAUGGAUUACCCCUUCUUCAUCUCAGCCCUUAUCUCUCACCACCUCUGCCCUUCAGCACAGCUGUUGUCCGGCUUGUAGCAUUGCAGAUACAGGCUUUGAAAGAAGAUUUCCCCUUAAGCCAUGUGAUCUCCCCAUUCACCAAUCAGGAGAGAAGAGAAGGAAUGCUUUUAAACCUACUGAUUCCAUUUGUGCUCACAGUAGGAUCAGGAAGCAAAGACAGUCCGUGGCUGGAGCAGCCGGAAGUCCUUCUGCUGCUCCAGACUGUAAUUAACAUCCUGUUGCCACCUCGCAUCAUCAGCACUUCCCGCAGCAAGAACUUCAUGAUGGAGAGCUCCCCUGCACACUGCUCCACCCCAGGGGAUGCUGGGAAGGACCUGCGCAGGGAAGGGCUUGCAGAGUCCACCAGCCAAGCAGCAUACUUGGCCCUGAAGGUGAUCCUCGUGUGCUUUGAGCGCCAGCUUGGCAGCCAGUGGUACUGGCUGAGCCUGCAAGUCAAAGAGAUGGCCCUGCGCAAGGUGGGCGGGCUGGCCCUCUGGGACUUCCUGGAUUUUAUUGUUCGCACUCGGAUCCCUAUCUUUGUGCUUCUGCGGCCCUUCAUUCAGUGCAAGCUGCUGGCCCAGCCUGCCGAGAAUCACGAGGAGCUGACUGCCCGACAACAUAUCGCUGACCAGCUGGAGAGGCGCUUUAUACCACGCCCUCUGUGCAAGAGCUCCCUCAUCACAGAAUUCAACAGCGAGCUAAAGAUCCUGAAGGAGGCAGUGCACAGUGGGUCGGCAUACCAAGGGAAGACCUCCAUCAGCACUGUGGGCACUUCCACCUCCGCAUACCGCCUCAGCCUGGCAACCAUGUCCCGCUCGAACACCGGCACCGGCACGGUCUGGGAGCAGGACAGUGAGCCUUCCCAUCAGGCUUCUCAGGACACUCUGAGCCGCACAGAUGAGGAGGAUGAAGAAAAUGACUCCGUGAGCAUGCCCAGUGUGGUAAGUGAACAGGAAGCAUACCUUAUGAGUGCCAUUGGGAGGCGGCGGUUCUCCAGCCAUAUCUCCAGCAUGUCUGCACCUCAGGCUGAAGUGGGCAUGUUACCCAGCCAAAGGGUAGCAAGCGUGCAGAGUGAACCUGGACAACAGAAUCUUCUUCAGCAACCUCUCGGAAGGAAGAGAGGCCUCAGACAGCUACGAAGACCUCUUCUCUCACGUCAGAAGACCCAAACUGAACCUCGUAGCCGUCACGGGGCUCGACUUUCAACUACUCGUCGAAGUAUACAGCCAAAAACAAAACCAAGUGUGGAUCAAAAGCGAUCAGUGACUUUCACUGAAGCUCAGUUGGAUGCGACAACAUCCCCCAAAACAGAUGCCACGCCCACCCCAGCCCUGCAACCUAGCUGCAGCAGGAGCAGCUCUGCAGAAGUCAGCAAGCCAGAUGCUGUGAACAAACCUGUGCUGACCUCCUCACCUGCCAUUGUUGUUGCUGAUCUCCACAGCCAAAUCACCAGCCAGAGUGAGGCACUUCCUACUGAAAAGGAAAAAGGAGAGGAAGAUUUGGAGGCAGCACAAGCACAUAGCACACCUCCUACACAGCUCUCUGAUUCAGAGGACUUUGCAGGCCUUGAGACAACCAGCUUAUUGCAACAUGGAGACACCGUCCUUCAUAUCAGUGAAGACAAUGGAAUGGAGAAUCCCCUGCUUACCAGCCACUUCAGCUUCACAAAUGUUGAGCUUGGUGAGACUGAUGCUGACUUAGACGAGUCCCAUGUGUAAAAGUCUGGGAACUAGAUUAGAAUGGGAGGAGACACAAUGUAGAGCAUUGCUAGAGAAACUAUACCUUCUCUGUAGAGUUUCUUGAUGACCAUUCAUGAACUAAUCAAAAGAGCACUUUAUUCCACAAGGGAGAAUAUCUAAGAAUCUUAUUUUCUAUAAUUGGAAAGAUUUUCUAUUGUUUUAGGAAAUAAAUUAAGCCUUUGGCAAACCUAGUUUGGUUCAGGACAGACCCCCAAAGACCAGAAGAAAAUUCUAAAAAAUUCUACAGUCAUGUAUUUGUUUCCCAAAAUCUUGAUCUGCCAGAAAUCUACUGCAGUCUGCAGCUUCUCCAGUAAAAUGCAUUACUUUAAUAUUGUAGACUGAAACACCCCACCUUUUUGAGGUUAGCCAUUUUAACACUGCAUCCCAAAGUUUAUUUUUGUAAUUUCACAAGGGUUACAUAGUAUCUGAAUAGUGAUAGAGAUGCAGCUGUGUUAGUCUGGUGUAGCUGAAACAAAAGACAGAACUAUGUAGCACUUGAAAGAGCC